AACAACUGAUCAGAGAAACUGAGGGAUGUGCCACGCUCCUUGGAAAAUUCCCAAACCUGUGUGAAGUUGACGAAAUAGUGGUGAACAAGAGUAUCAGCCUACAUGGCACGGAGUACCGAUCAGGAAUGAGUGUGAACAUAGGUGUUCAGGAUUGUAUGCCAUCUUUUGGAAAGUUGAUUGAUAUGUACUGCAUUGGAAGUGAUAUUUACUUGUUUGGAACAAUGUGGGAAACCCAUGGAUUUGAUGAUCACUUCUAUGCAUACGAAGUGCUGUCAAGAUAUCCUGUGGAGUUUUUCCUCAUUAAGCAGGAUGAACUAAGAAGCUACCAGCCCCUUCAAGUUGUAAGCUCAUAUGAUGAACAGCGAAAGGAACUUCUGUACAUUUCAUUGAGAAGUGCUGCUGUCUUAACAGGUAGAAUUAAUGAGCACAUGCUUAUAGGCCCUAGAAUAUGUUAGCUUCAUGUACAGUAUACAAUGUAUCCAUCCAACUUAUUAAUAGAAGCAGUUUACUUGAAGUUACUCGACUUCAAUAACUCUAUUGGUUGACUGUGUAAGAGAAGAAACUAAACUUUCUUCGACAUUGAUCUUUGCAGAUAUAUGUACAUGAACAGUUGAACUUGUUCAAAACCACACUGUAAACAAUCUAUUAUGCAAUUCGCUUUCCAUGGGUUACGUUCAUAUGGUCCACCGGGAAGAUAGGCAUCAUUGGUGCAUGACAAAUACAUUCUAUCUUUCUGCAUUUAAAUAUGAAAUAAUGCUUUAAAAAAAUUUCAUAUCAAGAUUUUAUUUCACAUGUUUCCUUUUAUCUGUCUCUAAUUUCAGCUUAGAAAUGGAAGAUAAUGUCCAAGUUGUGCCUUUCUGCGUGACAUGCAAGGAUCGAACAAAACUAAUAUCGGUGCCAUUGACUAGUGCUGAGCCGAAGGAGGAGAUGUUGAAUUGUUUGAAAUUCAAAAUAUCGCAGAAAUUCAGCAUAGACCUUCAAAAAGAUUACAUAAUCAAAAUGAAAGUAAAGGAAUUUGAUUCCUUUGUAGAAAUAGAUGAAAAUGACACUGAUGAUCUGGAAUUAUUGGCCCACGGGGGAUCACUUGUCGUGGAAGCAUGCAGCACUCAAGCAGUGGGACCAGGAACAAGUCUGGAUGAGGCAUCAGAAACUAGCACUGAGAAAGAGGUGCCCCAAAAGUCGUUGCAGCAGUCUACAAUGAAGACCAGUUCAAAUAAAGAACACAGCUUUGAUGUGAAAACCAUCACAAAUUCGCAUCCACGGGGAUAUCUAGUGGAGCAGGAAUAUGAGGCUAACGGCACUCUCACAACCGAAACGCGACAAGUUCUCACCUCUAUAGUUGCAUCAGAAAUGGUUAGGAGAUAUUCAUACUACCCUGCCAGAGAAGACAAGAUUCUCGUCGCAAAGAGUGUCAUAGAUGCUUUUCCCAACCUGAAAUCCAACACAAAAUGGCCUUAUGAUCUGUGGUUUGACCCCAAUGAUGCCACAAAGGGGUACCUUGCUACGAAGCUCAAUACAAUGAGGAGGAGUUUACCUCCAGAUCAGUUGCAGCGUCCACGCACCAAGACGUACCAAAAACCACAGAAGACACCGCAGAAGGCAGGGAAUUCCAAGUCCAAGACACCAAAGCGCACCCAUGCACAUCUAGAGGAAAUUCCUCAAGUGGAGGAGGAAGAGUUGAUUCUUUUUUGCAAAAGAGCUAGUAUUGACAACAGAAAGCAAAUUCUUCAAGCCAUGGAACAGUCCUUUCAGAACAGGAGGAAUUGGAUUAUGGAGGAAUAUCCAACAGUCGGAGAGAUCCUCGCUCGAUACCCUCGAUUCCAAGAUUUCCCAACUGCGUUGCAGCAGGAAUUCCAUCUCUUAUUUCCUGAUGCAGCAGCUAGACUCAUUUCAACCUGGGAAACGCGGUUUUCCCCAUUCAUCCUGAAAGUAGGAGAAUUAUCCAGACUUCCUAAACUCCAAACACUGAUGGAUGAGAACAAGAAGACCAAGGAUGCACACAAUGGAACACCUGAUGCCCUGUUUGCUUACAAAGUACUGAUAUACCUUCUCCCAUCACACGCAGGGAAGAAAUCUUCAAUUUCAGAUGCUCUCUCAUACUUCAUGGUCACAAGACCGAACGGAACCGCUGUGGCGAGUUUUCUCGUUGAGAAAACGGAUCAAAAGAGAACCCAGCCGUACCUGCUUCGCAUAGGAGAUGGCUUCACAUCCCCGUCGACUUUCUUCAUCAUUGUUGAUGGGAAAGCCGUACCCUGCGAGAGUGAUGCUACUCAAGCAGUUGAUGCUCUAUUCAAGAGCCACUACAUUUUUAACAUUGAGUAUGCAGAUGAGCUGAAGGGAUUCUAUGCAUUCUUAGAGCACUUCGUGUAUGGAAUCGGGGUUUCUACUGAUCACAUUCCUGUCCGUGCACGUGAACUUAUGGCAAGCAUAACAGCAUUGGCUCGCACCCAAAGCCAUUAAUCAUUUCCAACUUCAACUGGAAGAACUGGACAUCGGUUUUCUUGCCUAUGUAUGGAGAAUCAUUACAUUUCAAAGUAAACCUUUCCCUAUUCGCAACCAUUUUUUAAUACAGGUAGUUCCUAGUCAAUGCAUCUGGGAGAGUAUUCCGUAUUCUAUCCUUGGAUUUAGUUGACGAAUACAGUAUGUAUCAAAUUAGGGCUUAUUUUAGGCCUGUAUGGUGUGAAAGUCUCAACAUGCUUUUGAUAUGGCUGUCAAUAGUUCCAUGGUAUAGAUCAUUCUAGUUUUUGAUUCAUGUGAAAAUGUCAGCAUACAUGGAUUUAUUCUGUUAAAUUUGUCUCGUAGUUCUGAAUACAUACACACCUGUAUAACAUUUGUCUGAAUUGUGUGUAAGUGGGGAAUCUUUAUCAUUGGAACCUGUGUAGUAUAGCAGUGUUUUAUACAUACAUGAAUAUUUGAUUCAACUGAUGACUGUAUAAUGUUUGGGUACAUCAGAUAAUAUUAUUCAUUGUGAAAUCCUGGGGACAUGCACAAUGAGCCAUUCCAACACCCUUUAUUAGUAGCUUUUUCUCAUAUUUUUCUUUUUAAGAAUUAAAGUAAUUUCUUGUCAGUGUGAAUUCCCCUUUAAGCAGUAGAUAACUGAGACUAUGGUAUGUAUUGUUGAAAUCUGUAUGUAUACAGUAUAUAAUUCCAUGUUCAGAACUUUUCUAUCUAGUUUCCAGAAAUGUAAAUUUUAUGACAUCUGCAACAGCUUAUACACAUUUUUAUUGGAUGCUUUUUUUUUUUUUUUUGCUUUAGUAAUUUCCCCCAUGGUUUCCCAUUCUCUCCAUUCCUUCACUCAGUCUUCUAGGAAGCAGAGUGGGUGGUUACCUAGAUAAUUGUAUGAUUCUGGUGUCUUUUGCUUUUGUCUUUUUUUUUUUUUUGGUUUGUUUUGUUUUGGGUUUUUUUUUAUGGCAUCUCUUAAUAGUUUCCACCAUGGUUUCCCAUUCUCUCCAUUGUUUCAGUCUCCUAGCAAGCAGAAUGGGUGGUUACCUAGUGUACGAUCCUGGCGUCUCUUGCUGUUGUCUGUGUUUUUUUUUUUUUUUUUUUUUUUUUUUUGGGGGGGGGGUUAGUAGUUUCCCCCAUGGUUUCCCAUUCUCUCCAUUGUUUCAGUCAUCUAGCAAGCAGAAUGGGUGGUUACCUAGUGUACGAUCAUGGCGUCUCUUGCUGUUGUCUGUUUUUUUUUUUUUUUUUUUUUGGGGGGGGUUAGUAGUUUCCCCCAUGGUUUCCCAUUCUCUCCAUUGUUUCAGUCAUCUAGCAAGCAGAAUGGGUGGUUACCUAGUGUACGAUCCUGGCGUCUCUUGCUGUUGUUUGGUUUUUUUUUUUUGGGGGGGGGGUCAGUAGUUUCCCCCAUGGUUUCCCAUUCUCUCCAUUGUUUCAGUCAUCUAGCAAGCAGAAUAGGUGGUUACCUAGUGUACGAUCCUGGCGUCUCUUGCUGUUGUCUGUUUUUUUUUUUUUUUUUUUUUUUGGGGGGGGUUAGUAGUUUCCCCCAUGGUUUCCCAUUCUCUCCAUUGUUUCAGUCAUCUAGCAAGCAGAAUGGGUGGUUACCUAGUGUACGAUCCUGGCGUCUCUUGCUGUUGUCUGUUUUUUUGUUUUUUUUUUUGGGGGGGGUAGUAGUUUCCCCCAUGGUUUCCCAUUCUCUCCAUUGUUUCAGUCUUAUAGCAAGCAGAAUGGGUGGUUACCUAGUGUACGAUCCUGGUGUCUCUUGCUGUUGUCUGUUUUUUGUUUGGUUUUUUUUUUUUUUUUUUUGGGGGGGGGUUGUAGUUUCCCCCAUGGUAUCCCAUUCUCUCCAUUGUUUCAGUCUUAUAGCAAGCAGAAUGGGUGGUUACCUAGUGUACGAUCCUGGCGUCUCUUGCUGUUGUUUGGUUUUUUUUUUUUUGGGGGGGGGGGUCAGUAGUUUCCCCCAUGGUUUCCCAUUCUCUCCAUUGUUUCAGUCAUCUAGCAAGCAGAAUAGGUGGUUACCUAGUGUACGAUCCUGGCGUCUCUUGCUGUUGUCUGGUUUUUUUUUUUUUUGGGGGGGGGUUAGUAGUUUCCCCCAUGGUUUCCCAUUCUCUCCAUUGUUUCAGUCAUCUAGCAAGCAGAAUGGGUGGUUACCUAGUGUACGAUCCUGGCGUCUCUUGUUGUUUUUUUUUUUUUUGGGGGGGGGGUCAGUAGUUUCCCCCAUGGUUUCCCAUUCUCUCCAUUGUUUCAGUCAUCUAGCAAGCAGAAUAGGUGGUUACCUAGUGUACGAUCCUGGCGUCUCUUGCUGUUGUUUCGUUGUUUUUUUUUUUUUUUUGGGGGGGGUCAGUAGUUUCCCGCAUGGUUUCCCAUUCUCUCCAUUGUUUCAGUCUUCUAGCAAGCAGAAUGGGUGGUUACCUAGUGUACGAUCCUGACAUUUCAUCUUCUUGUCCAGUGUUGUGGUACUUUAAAUCAUAUUUAGAAGUUUCCUACAGUAUUGCAUUAUCUUUGAACUAUCAUAAGAUUCUUAACCAAGAAUGCUGAGGCUAUUUAAUGAGGGAGAGUAUAUUUGGUUCAGUAAUCAAGUUUGUAUAGGUGUUCACCAAUCCGUCUGUUACUUGUCAUGGUGAAGCUACUCCCUAUUGCAGUUGAGUAAUCAUUUAUCCCUUUGCAGUUGAUUAAUUCUUUAUCAGAAUCGUGGCUAAUUGAAAUAGGCAUGUGAUGUGAAACUCUUGACCCUGAAUAUGCUUUCGACAUUGGGGUGGCAUGAGCCCCCUUCCAUAUCAUAUGAAAACAAGUGAAAAGUAACAAUUUCCAUGAGAAUGUGUAGGUAAUAGAUUUAUUUUAUCAAAACAGUAUAUUUUGUGAUGUGGAGCUGAUGUUCUAACGUAAUGAGGUCAAGGUAAAAGGAUAGUUUUAAAAAAAUGAUGAAAGAAGUGCUUAAUGGAUCAUUUCAUAAUUGAUUCAUUGAGCUCAAAUUUUUAAAGAAACAUCCACACAUCUGUCAUUGCAACAUUGCUUUUAUGUGAUAUCUUUCAUAACCAGGGACACAAUACUUGCAUGUUAGGCAUCCUGGAAAGGAUGCUUCAUGAUGAAGUAUGAUGCCCACAUACAAAAUUCAGUCUUGUUUUUAUAUAUUUCUGCUGUUCUGCAUCAAUUUUACCUACACAAACAUUAAAAACAUCCAAAGAUAAAUACAAAGCAUCAUUUCUGAUAGUUGUUUUCAUUUGAAAUUGUAAAUUAAUUUGAUGCUAGAUCCCCUCUAUCCCACUACUGAACUUCCCCAUUAAGCUGUAGAUGAUUGAGAAUAUCUUAUGUACAGUUUAUAUCUGUAUGUUUACAGUAUAAUUGAAUGUUCAUGAAUUUUUCUAUCAAGUUUCCAGAAAUUUGAAUUUUUUAUGACAUUUGCAACAGUUUAUACAUAUUUCAUAUUUGAUGCGUUUUACUUAGACAAAUUUAAAAUCGAUUGUUAUAAAAUUUGCAACAACACUCACUUUUUUGUUGCAUUCAUUUAAAUUUGUCAAAGUUGAUACUGAUUUUUAUGGCAUUUGUAACAACUUGUAUUGGAUUAGAUGCAUUUGAAUUUGACAAAUUUGAAAUGGAUUGUCAUGACAUUUGCAAUAACUUAUAUUAUUGAUUGGAUGCAUUUGGAUUUGACAAAUUUGAAAUGGGUUUUUUGUGCAUUUGCAACAACUUUCACAUUUUUGAUUGAGUGAAUGUAAAUAAAUAUUUAGCUCUUGCAAUCAUUUGAACUG